GAAAUUGACAAUUUGACAUUUGUAUUUUCUAUUGACGGUAAUAGGCAACAAGAUUUUGAAAAUCACAAUAUUUACAUAGAAUACUGCGCAAAUUUGAAUAAAAUUACUCACAUUGUACAUUUUUAAUGUGAUUUAUCGUUGUUGUAGUGAAUUUGUUUUGAUAAUAAAAUAUAACCUAGCAAAUGCUGGUAGGAUGCAGGUGGUAACUAAAGUACGUCUAUUUCGGAGUCCGUACACAAUAUUCUUUAUAACUGAGGACUUGAGUAUCUUGCCUGAUGAACAAUACUACAAGUCUAUUGGUGUAAAGAUAGGCGACUGCUGUGAACUGGAAAUAGACGGUGAAGAUGAGGUUCAGAAGAAACUUAGAGUGAAAACGAAUGCGUUAUUUCUACAGCCUUUUGUAAAGGAGUGUGUGAACUCCGAUGUAUACAGAUCCAAUGUGGUGUCACACUUGAACCGUCUGGGCGGAUACCCUGCGUGUGGAACAGUGUUUUUGAAAUUAAUUCUAGAACCUCCAGAUACAGAAAUCAUUGAUUAUGCUUGGAAUGAAAGAAUUCUCCGACUUAUUUGGACAAGAGUUGAGAUCGAGAAUGCUUUUUCAUGGCUGUCAACAUUGGGAGGUGCCUAUUCUGCUCUCGGUGACUAUUUUGAUCAUUGUGCAGAGGAAGCAGGUAGAAUAUCACUCCGGCAAUAUAAGCUGUCCAGAAUGCUCGGUGACGAAGGGUUAGCAGCCAGAAGUCGCCUUUAUUCCGCACUGUCACAAGCCCAGAAAGGCAACCUACACAUAUCUAGGAACAUAGUACGGAAUGUUGCAGCGUUCGCAAGAGAAACACACGAUAAACGUUUGAUACGUAUGUGCCAAGGUGUUUGGGCUAAACUCAAGUACUUAAGAUCCUUGAAACAUGAGUCCCAGGCCACAGAAGAUAAAGAAGAGAAAGACUGCGAUAUAAAAAACGGGAAAGUGCAAAAUGCUGUUACAAAUUGAACCUUAUAAUAGAUGCAUAGUGGUGAAAACUCCUUGUCUCUCGCUCUAUGCAUAGUUUUAAUUGUGGGUCUUGAUUCUGUAUCCCUGAUCAGCAAUAUGUAAGUGCAUUAUUUUCUAGAUCUAGUUGUCUAUGCAAUGCAAUUGAUUAUAUAUUUUCCAUUUAACUAUUGUUAUGUUGAAUUUAUACUGCCAAUGAUUUAGGUAAUAGAAAUAAUGUCUUAUUCCUAUAUGUGUUGGUUUCAUUAUUCAGUGACUAUGUGCAAUGUUAAUAAAGUUUGUGCAAUUGCAAGGUUCCAAUGCUUUUAUUUUUCAUUUAACUAAUAUAGUUUUGUGUUGACUUAAAGAUGACUUUAACAUGAUCAAAUAUGUCCAGAUAAUUCCUUUAUAUUUAUGUCGAAAAUUAUUACUUGACCUAUACUAAUGGGUAUGCAUAAACUAGGUAUUUAUUAUUAAUAUCAAGUUCUUCUCAGCAUCCAUCUCACUACAUCUCCCCAAGAUGUUGAAAUAAUUAAAUAAAAUCCUCUGUAUUUGGUUAAACGAUUCUGUACACAUUUCUCAAUUUCAAAAUAUUAGUGAUUCCAAAAAUCUAGUGCUGUUCGUUAGUCUUACUAAAACUCCAGAACAGCUGGACCGAUUUGGUAAAUUUUGGCCUUAAGUUGUUUGUGGGAAGUCCAGGGAAGGUUUAAAAAGUGAGAAAAAUAUGUUUAAGGCAGGUACCAAGUUUGCGGGCCAGCUAGUUUAUAAUAAUAAGCAAUGAAGGUCAAAUUAAUUAUUUCUCUCCGUCUAAAACUAUUUUGGAUAAUGUCCUCCACACUUUGGAAGUCAGAUUUGCCCAAUGAGCUUUAUUACCUUUCUAUAAAGUCGAAAAUCCAAUUAAAAAAUGGACAGACUGUGACUGACAAAAUCUGAGUGAAAGUGGGAUCGGCAAUCUGAUUGCCGAUACAAUGGACGCAGUCUGAAAAAUAAUCCGUUUGAUGCGAUCCGUCCGAUGCGGGCCUGUGGACCUUUAGAAGUCAUUCAAUAAAUGUAAUACAAGUAAUGUCACGUUGUGAUAUUUAUUAUGUAACUUGGUAAUCUAUUUUAAAAUAGAAUUAGAAGUCAAGGUCCUAGAGUUCAGUUUUAUUUGAUUCAUGUUAUUGUGUUAAGUACUCACGCAUAGUUACAAGUAUGUACUCAUUAUUUUGUUCAAUGCCAUUUAAGUUCAACACAGUCAAAAUGUUUUAAUUUUAUUUUAAAGUGAAGUAAAUAUAGCAUUGUUUUCUUAGUGUAGUUAUAAUUAUUAAGUCGUUAUUGCGGUUUUUCCUUUGUUAAUGUUGUUGGCACUGUAAAUAAAUUAUAUUUUUUAAUAUUA